CUCCGUGAUCACAGCUUAAAUUUCUGCUAGGCAAGAUCAUUGGGCUCGCUUUCGGCUGUUCGAUAAGGCGGCUGUGAAGUUGCCCGUUCCGCAUAAAAGUUAUGUGCCAGCUCCUUCCCCUCCUCUCUGCCUGGUGGUACAAUCCUUCGUUCCUUUGCUGGAGGCGGGGCGGAUUGUUGCUCCCGUUACCCGCGCGUCCCUUGCCCACCCGCAGCCGCUAAGUGUGGAAUAAGUUGGGUACGUGUGCGCCUGCGCAGAUUGGCAUGAAAAGCCGUUGAAAGCAACCAGAGCCAGGCUCUUGGGCUGAGGAACCAUGCCGCUCUUUGGGAACACCUUCAGUCCCAAGAAAACCCCACCCAGGAAAUCAGCUUCACUUUCCAACCUGCACUCGCUGGAUAGAGUCACUCGUGAGAUUGAGCUGGGCCUAGACUAUGGCACUCCAGCUAUGACCCUUGCUGGACAGAGCCUGAAGUUUGAGAAUGGCCAGUGGAUUACAGAAUCAUUUGGGAGCAGUGGAGACCGCAGAGAGACCCAGCGACUGCGCAAACGGAACCAGCAGCUGGAGGAAGAAAACAAUCUUUUGCGGCUCAAAGUGGAUCUUUUGUUGGAUAUGCUCUCUGAAACAACUGCAGAAUCCCACCUCAUGGAGAAGGAACUAGAAGAAUUGAAAAAUUACAGCAGGAGGAGGAAGUGAAUAGGAAAUGAGGAUCUCCACAUGACGGGAGGAAGGAAAGAGCAUGAGGAUCUGGUUUAAGAAAGUCUGCUUCCCAGAACUGAUGAAGUCACAACUGCUUUGGAAAGCUGUUGUAUUCUGGUCUUGCAUCUUGUUGGGUCCCUAUAGGACAUAUAAGCAAGGUCCAAGUGUGAAAUGUUAAUAUAAAGCUCUCAAGUGCAGUCCGACAGCAGAUUUAUGGUGCAUCUUAGGCACAGUUGCAUCUUUCCAAGUCCACUGAAGUCAGUGGGCUUAGAGAGGUGUAACUGUGCUUAGGAUGGUACAGUUACUCUGUGCCCCAUUCUUUGUGACACUUCUUCCUUAAGUGCACUUAAUAUUCCUGUGCAGCACACAUUUGUUCUGGCCAAUAAAGUACCUUGCAGAUAAUAUGCAUCUUCUUUGCCCCGUACCCUGGGGUAGACACUAAAAGUUUUGUGGUUUGGAUAUGUGGGGGAUGGGAUGCAUGCUGCAAACAGUUUGCAGUCAUCCUGAAUAUGGGCUGGACUCUAAAGCUGACUGACAAAGUGCGGGGGUUGUGGCGGAGAAGAGCAAGGUCAUAUUAUCAGUCCUAAACCAUGCUGUAUUGUCUAAUGUGCAAUUUCAGUUACAUACACGGUAUGGAUUUACAUCCCGUGUAUGUAACUGAAAUUGCACAUUAAUGAGAAACAGUUAAUGGGACUCAGGUUGCCUCUUGAGUUGCAGAUACACACUCCUGGUUCUUCUCUUGGCAAAAACAUCUUCAGCUAAUUCUUCUUUCAGGAAAGAAACCACCAAUUGUAGGGCAUAAUGGUGAGGUGCAUUGCUCUGUAAAUGUGUGUUCUUUAUUUUGAAAGUAUUAAAGUGAUUCUGUCCCUGUUUUAUCACUUUUUUCUGUUGCAUUUUUUUAAACCGGUAUCAUCGCCAAGUUAAAGAAUAGAGUAAACUUCAUGAACAAUUGUGUAUGCUUUGUACUUUGAUAAGUCUUUAUCUUCAGAAACAGGACAGUGACCCUAAAUGUUUCAGAACUGAUGUCUUUCAUAAUAAAGCUUCGUGCAUUUUCUGAA